CAAGCACGUUGCAUCACCGCGCCUCCACCACCACUCCAACACCCACACACCUCCCACCAUGGGCGACCCGCAAUUCGCCAAGUACCCCGACCUGCAGCUGGCCCAGCAUGUGUUCCAGCUCACCAACCCCGCCGCCGCCCGGCCCGCCAAGCAGGCGUCGCUGAAGACGGUGCAGGACGCCAUCGAGACACACAGCAUGGCCCCGCUGUACCGCUACCUCGCCCACCCCGCCGACGGCGUGCUGAACGCCCCGGGCGAGGGCACCGCCGACCAGCCGACCGCCCACCGCCGCCCGUCGGCCAGCAUCGCCAGCAUGCUCGCCACCCGCACGCCCGCGCUGGACGCCCCGCUGGCCUGGGACGAGGCGCUGUACGAGCGCCUCAAGGCCGCGAACGAGGCCGAGCUCGAGGCCAUCCAGAAGGAGGAGGACGAGGCCGCCGAGAAGGCCGGCGAGACCGAGGUGCAGGCUGCGCGGGGCAAGCGCGCCGAGCUGUACAACCGCAUCGGCGACAAGGACAAGGCCAUUGCCAGCUACGAGGCCAUCUUCGACAAGACGGGCAUCCUGGGCACCAAGAUCGACAUCGUGCUGGCCAUCAUCCGCCUGGCCCUGUUCUUCGGCGACAAGGUGCUGGCCAAGAAGAGCAUCGAGCGCGCGAGUGCGCUGGUCGAGAGUGGCGGCGACUGGGACCGCCGCAACCGCCUCAAGGCCUACACCGGCCUGCACCUGCUCACUGUGCGCUCCCACGCCCAGGCCGCGCCGCUGCUGCUCGACAGCCUGUCCACCUUCACCAGCUACGAGCUCUGCAGCUACUCCAGCCUCGUCAUCUACGCCAUCCUCGCCGGCUCGUCCUCGCUGAAGCGUGUCGACUUCAAGUCCAAGGUCGUCGACGCCCCCGAGAUCAAGGCCAUCGUCGGCAGCGGCGAGGAGAAGCUGUCGGCCAUCACAGGGCACACGUCGGCCGGGCCCGGCGCCGGCGACGAGGACAUGGCCGACGCCUCGACGUCCACAGCCGCGCCCGUCAACCUCACAACGCUCGGCGGCCAGCAGGACAAGGAGGCCGCCAUCGACUUCGCGCCGCUGUCCGGGCUCGUCAAGAGCCUGUACGAGGGCAACUACAAGAACUUCUUCACCGCCCUGGGCGAGACCGAGACGGCCUUCCUCAGCCAGGACCGCUACCUGUACGAGCACCGCGGCUGGUACGUGCGCGAGAUGCGCCUGCGCGGCUACCAGCAGCUGCUGCAGUCGUACCGCGUCGUCGGGCUGCAGAGCAUGGCGCACGACUUUGGCGUCACGGUCGACUUUCUGGACAGGGACCUCGCCAAGUUCAUCGCCGCCGACCGCAUCCCGUGCACCAUCGACCGCGUCAAGGGCAUCAUCGAGACCAACCGGCCCGACGACAAGAACAAGCAGUACGGGGACGUGGUCAAGCAGGGCGACCAGCUCAUCACCAAGCUGCAGAAGUACGGCCAGGCCGUGCGGCUGCGCGGCAGCGAGCGCGGUUAGCGUGGGACAGACAGUGUGAGUGUGAUGUAGGCCGUCUGCGGUGCGCAGAGUACGGGUACGAGUAGACAGUCGUCUGCGGCGCGCAAAGUACGAGUAUGAGUAGACAGCCGUCUGCGGACGCGCAAAAGACACGAGUUACGUCAAGAGCAUGCAGAUACGAUACUCAGACAUGUUGGAUGCACCAGCUACGUGAGGUCGUCAGUCGUGAGAGGUGCUAAUGCUACGUGAUAUCGGCCGUCGUGAAGAGCUGACAAUGUGAAGAGCCGACAAUGUGAAGAGCCGACAAUGUGAAGAGCUGACAAUGUGAAGAGCCGACAAUG